AUGCAAGCAUCACCAAUAUUCAAGAGGUUGUUUGUUUGCUUGUAUGCAUGUAAGGAAGACUUUGUGAAUGGUUGUAGACCAUUCUUGGGAAUUGAUGGUUACCAUUUGAAGGGCCAAUAUGGUGGUGUUUUAUUAUCAGCCGUAUCUAUUGAUGGGAACAACGAGGUGUUACCAAUUGCCCAUGGAGUUGUGGAAAUUAAAAAUAAAGCAAGUUGGAGAUUUUUCCUUGAAUGUUUAUAUGAAGCAUUGGGAAUUGCUGGUGAUAACACUUCUUUGACAUUUAUAUCAGAUGGCCAAAAGGGACUCACAAAUGUCAUCCAUGAUAUCCUUCCCAAUGCUCACAUUCAAAAUUGUAGUAGACACAUCUACAUGAAUUUCAAGGGAAAAUACAACAGUCUCUUGUUGAAGAAGUACUUCUGGGAAGCUUCCACAGCACCUACUAUGCAUCUAUUUCAGAGUGUAAUGAAUUCCAUCAAAGAAAUCAACAUCAAGGCAUAUGAGUGGUUAAUGAAGCUGCCAGCAUUAUGGUCUCGACAUGCUUUCCAUAUUGGUUGUAAGAAUGAUGCAAUCACUAACAAUAUGACAGAAAGUUUCAACAGUUGGGUUGGUGAUUUUCAUAGUAAACCCAUUUUGUCUGUGAUUGAUAAUAUUAGGAUUAAAAUAAUGGAUAAAUUUAACAAGAGAUACUAUCAAAUUCGUUCAUUGAACGGGAUUGUCACUCCUGUUGUGAAGAAGAAGAUUGCUGAAGUAUAUGAACUCUCGAGGAAAUGCAAGGUGUACCUUUGUAAUGCAGAUGAAUUUGAGGUGGUAGAUUCUUUCCACAUAAGACAUGUGGUCAAUUUGAGGUUGCGAACAUGUGGAUGCAAAGAUUGGGAAUUAUCAGGUAUACCUUGUAAGAAUGUAGUGGCUGCCAUUGCCCAUAAGAGAGAAAAAAUUGAAGACUACUGUGCAACUUACUUCACAAAGGAAAAGUACAUGAAGACAUAUGAACAUAUCAUAUUUCCCAUCCCAGAUGUAUCUGAGCUAGACAUUGGGUCAGAUCUAGGGGUUGUCCAACCACCACUUUUGAAGACAGGAGUAGGUAGACCGAGCAAGGGUGAAAGGAAAAGGGAACCUGGGGAGGCACCUCUUGCUCAUUUUAGAAAGAAGACAAGAUCUCUCAGAAGUGAGAUUUAUAAGAGACUAGGCCAUAAUAAGAGAACUUUUGGAAGAGGUUCUCUUGAGGGAAAGAAGAAGGGUUCUUCAAGCCAUAGAUCUGUUAGGAAGGAAAGAAGAAGAGACGAUGAUGACCCAGAUGAUGCACGCUUGUCCCAAAUAGUUACUAGGUCACAGACUUCUACAACAACUGAUGUUGGUGAUUCAGUACAAGCAAGACUUAAAAGGAAGAUGACAGAUAAGUGGGAGAAGAGGAAAGCAAGGAAGAAGUAG